AUGAACGGACUCCUUCAGUUCAGAGGCAUUUUGUCAUCUUUUAGACAAUAUGCUAGAAAUGCAAAGCGCAACUUAAAACUCUCCCUUCUCAAUCACAUUUCAGAGCGUCUUGGGCGACAAGCCCGACCUGCUCUUGCCCGGGUUCCAGUCCAUAAUAGACGGAGCCGGUUCCCAAGAAUUGAGCACUUCAAGGCACGUGAAUAUCAUACCAUUGGUCCUUUUCGUUUCUAUUGUCCUGCCCGAGCAAUGUGCCAUAAGUUUGCGACAAUGAGAUAUUUCUCUACUAUCCAAACUAGAAAUGUUAGACCUUAUCUUUUUUCCUCUAAUUAUGCUUAUUAUUGUUCAAAUAAGUUGACCGCUUAUCGAGCCUUUUCAAGUGCCGCAGCUAGUUUUUUUUCUCGUGAUAGAGGAAAGAUUCCUCAGUUUUCUUUUUGGAAGUCUAAAUUUAAUGACUCUGUUCAGGAAGAUUUGCGCAAGCGUGUUACUCAAAACUUGAGAAAGCGCUUUGUUCACUCUCAAUCCCUUAAUAUCAAGCCUGUUGAUGUUAUUAGAAAUUCAUUUAUCAAUAGACUCAAGUCUCCUAGACAUCGUCCUUUGGGUCCUCCUUCAUUUAUUUUCCCCCAGCCUAGUUUGGAGAUCUCGUUGCGUGAUGUUGCAUCUUCAAUGACCUCGUCCCUUCCUUCUUUUACUGUUUUGACUCGUGCUUUUCACUCUACUCCUGAAACUGGCUCUUAUGUUGAUUUUGACAUGACGCCAAACCUCACCGUCCCCCCUGUGACUCAGCUUUCUACCGAGAUUGUUGACAGAGUUGUGGAUGAUAUUGAGCGUCAUAUUGAUGAGCUUCGUGCAAUGGCCGACAAUAUUCGCAAGCUUUCUUCUUUGGGUGAGCUUCCUAUUUCUAUUGAAGAUCGUGCCAUCAGAGUUUACUUUCCUAACUGCGAACCUGAACAAGUUAAUUCUCUUUUGAACGAGGCCGAAGUCACUCAAGGCGUCAUUCGCUCUCAUAAUGACAGUAACAUUGUUUCUCCGAUUGACUCCUCUUCUGAGUCAUCUUACUACAUGAACACUGAGACUGAGUCUGUGUCCACCUCUUCUGGUUUCUAUUACCAAGAUAUGGAGUCUAUCAGUCGCCGCAACAGUUUGUCCUCCGCUGGCAGUUUGGACAUCGGUCGUAUUCGCGGAUUUUCUGAGCACUCCAUGACUUCCCCUCCUCCUCUUACCACAACUACCCCUACUUAUGAUACUUUUUCGGAGGGUUAUACUUUUUUGUCUUAA